UUCUCUUUCCUCUUCUCUUCUCCUCUUCUGGAACUCUGCUCCUCUUCGCGAUCCCACUUCUCGAGCCUGAAAUUCUAAAUGGCUUUGAUUUCACUCUAAUCAUCAGCUAUACCUUCUCUGCUUGGGAUCCUGAAGGUAUUGUUUGGGCUUUUGGCCUCGAGGAGUGAUCAAAAGUGAUAAUAUGGACGAGAUUGAAGUUCAAGUAUGUUACAUGAUGUGUAUGUGUUGCUUUUUCGUAUUGAACGUCAUGAUGACUGUAUGUGCAAUAAGUCAACGCAACAAUAGAAAUAGCAUUGUUGAAUACGAGAUUGAGUCAACAUCUGUCAAGCGCCGGAAACGGUCUAAGCACUUGCAUCGGGAACCCAUUGACUCUCCAUCAACUAUGGCAUCGGAUAACAGUGUUUCAGAAACAUCUAGACGUCGAAAGAGGAAAGCUAUUGCUAGGGAUCCAACAAUGGAGACAAUAUACAAAAAUUUUCGCCAAUUUACAGAAAUGGUUGGUCCGGUAUUUAAGAUGAUGUCUGAAACUGCAGCUCGUAAGGAAGCAGCCCGUAAAGAAAUUGAAGAAAAGAAAAAAUUACUGAAUCAAGUAAUUUUUGAGAUUGAUGGGCUUUCUAAUGAUGAAGCAAUAUUCAUAUUGCAGGUUUUGGUUGAAGAUGAGGACCAACUCAAAACUUUCUUUUACGUGCCAGACGACAAAAGGCUAUGUUUUUGUCGUGUACUUUUAAAAAGAAUGUCAUAUUGCCCGCCUAGCAAGUAAAGCUAUCUUAGCAAGAAUAUCAUUUCAAGUUUACAGAAGGAAGACUUAGAAAACUUUAUGCAUCAUGUUUUGUCAUUUCAAAUUAUUCUAUGUUUGUGAAUGGUGGAGUGUUUAAUUAAUGCAAAUAUUUGUGAACUUAUACAAA